UCCACCAAAAAGCAGUGCCAAGACCCCGGUCGAACCAAUCCCCGUCGAUCCAGCCAGUCUCUGAAGCUCCUGGUCCGACAUGAGACUUCACGACCGUGAUAACGACGAGAACGCACACACAGCCACACAAUUCACCACCCGCUAUGGUGACGACAAACCAAUGCGUCGCCUCAUUGGCGAGGCUGAAUCUAUCAUCCAUGGCGAGACCAACCGCGGCCACAAUACCUAGAUUAUUGGCGCCCUCAUCGACGUCCCAGGUGCGAUGGAAGAGUGUAGGCACACGAGCCAUGCAGGCACGUGAGAGGGAAAAGGAAAAGUUGAAGAAGAAGCGGAGGCAGCAGCGGUUCAAAGAGUACAAAUACGCGGCGCCAAGCAGAGAAGAGCAGUUUUCGCUAUGCGAUGCUAUGAGAUAUCUACGAGCUGCCGAGGUCGGCCGUCCCCCUUCGUCAGCAACAUACGAGCUCGCGCUCAAGGUCCGCACCAUCAAAAACGGUCCCGUACUCCGCGACCGCAUACGGCUACCGUUCCCCGUCAAAAACGACACGCGGAUUGCCGUCAUCUGCAAAGAGAACAGCGGCGCCGCCCACGAAGCAAAGGCUGCCGGAGCCGUGGCUUUCGGCGAGGAGUCUCUCUUCGAAAUGAUCAAGGCGAAUCCCAACAAGCUGCCCUUCAACCGGCUCAUCUGCCACGCUGAUUCCGAGCCCGCGCUCAAGAAGGCCAAUCUCGGGCGUAUACUAGGUCCGAAGGGAUUGAUGCCCUCGCUGAAAACGAACACGAUUACCAAGAGCGUGGUAUCGAUGAUGCACGACAUGGUGGGCGCCGAGAACUACAGGGAGAAGAUCGGCGCCAUCCGCAUGCCCAUUGGCAAUAUCCAGUUCACGCCCAGGAUGCUCUCGGAGAAUAUCAAGACUAUGAUUAAUUCCGUCAAGGGCAAUAUCACGGUACUCGAGGACCGCGUCAGGAAGGAUCUCGUCGAGGUCGUGCUCACGUCGACGAGCGGGCCUGGAUUCAGUUUGAAUGGACUGUUUGUGUCUACGGAUAAGGAUCUUACACCGGCUCAUUUAAGCACGGCUAUGUAGAUGUAGAUGGUUGUGUCGCUUUUGUUGAUAUAGAGAGCGGGUUACAAUAGCACUGUAUAAAAGUGUAUCAUACC